GCCCAUAACCGGGAGAGAGGCCCGCGACUAUUUCGGUGCGUGGACAGAUCGCGAGUCGAAGGCCUACCCGAAGCCACCAGGGCGCGGCAAAAUCGUGGAGAUAAAGCCCGAGAUGCGUGCCAUUGAGUUCGAGCGUCGAGCCGCCAUGAGUGGCUCGGACGAGAUCGAUGUGAAGACGAAGGCUCUCAAGAUCUCGGAGACGGAG